AUGAAUUUUGAAAAUCAAACAGAGCUUAAUAUCGACGAUGAAACAACUCGUUAUCUCUCUGACCCAUGGUUCUGUGCUGAAAUACCAAAAGAAUAUGCCGGAGGUAAACAUAAAAUGUUCGACCAGGGCGAUUAUCCACCAAGUUUAUUACACUCAAAUAUUGACACUUUAAGAAAUGGAGCGGUUUCAAAAUUGUUAUCAAAAUGUCCUGAUUUAAACUCUAACCAUUGGCCACCUAGACGUUCUGAUUUCAUAAUAGCUCGAAAGAUCAUUGGGAAGAAUGCAAAUAUAAAAGGUUUUACCAAUAAGUAUUCCGUGGAUAAGGUUGUUCCAAAACCAAUUUGGUGGUUUGGGUUAUUACCAUAUGAAAGAUAUUCAGUUAAGUUUUUCAUCAAUCGCUCAAAUUUAAUGAUAGCACAGCUUAUUGGAGAUAUACGCAUUAAGAUUAGACACAUCUAUUGGAGAUCUAGAAUGAAGUUAAUUUAUCCUCUAAGGCUUAUCAAAGAUAAUAUCUACGAAACAAUCAAUAAUUUCUUGGAACAAAAGGUCAAUGAUGCUUCUUUUUCGUUGAAAACACUUAGACCACCUAAAACAAAAUUUGACCUUUUCAGUCUAGGUGGUAAACCAUCAUUGUUAGGACCUUUCCCGAUAGAAAUCUGGUUAAAGAUAAUUGAACAUUCAAACAUUGAUAAGCAGAAAGCAGUUAAUAUGGUUUACAAUUCUAUGUGGAUUGACCUUAUAGCUCCAAUAUUAUAUACUAAUAUCCAUUGUUUCCUAUCUAUUAGAGAUACAUCGAUGUUGAGAAUUACGGAUCAUCAUUUCGUUCACAAUGGUCCAAGUUUGGUCGAUUAUGGAUACAGCGAUUACAACAAGUAUGCAAGAUUGAACAAAGUGAAGGAUCACGAGUUUGAAGUCUUGGAUCUCUAUCCUUCUUCAAAAGAAAGGAUGGAAACUUUGAUUAAUACGAAAACCUCAGAUCGUGUAGAUCAAUCUUCCAUUUCAAUUGUCUUGAAUCACAAAUCAUUACUCAAAUUGGUAAGGACUUUGAAUACCAAGAAAACUAUCAUGAAGAAAUAUCUAAAGAAUAUCUCAUUAGAUGUGUUUGCGCCUUCUGAUUGGAUGACUGCUGAAGGCAGUAAAGAAGUUAGAGAAAGAGUUGGUACCUUGGUAAAAAAUAAUCAUACAAACAACGAGAUUAAAGUUUUACAGACCAAGUUAGCGAUGGCACGAUCUGCAUUAGUUCACAUAAACGAGUUUGAUCAUGUUAAGGACAGGAGAAAGCAAGAGGAAUAUCAAGGAAAAAAGUGUCAUCAUGUCAAUGAGAGUCAACACUGUUUCAAGACAAGAAGCGUGUUUGCAUUUGAACCUUCCAUUGAGCCACUAGUAUUUGCAAAGCAAAACUAUACAUCAGAUUUGGAUCUUUUUAAUAAGAUACUUGAAUGUUUUAUAAACGGUUCAAGAAACAACAAAGUGAAGAAGAUGAAUGAAAAUAAUAUCGAAGAUCUUGGUAUUUCCUCUAUUCUCAAUCCACCCCUCAGAUCCAGAGAUGUACAUUCAACAGGCGUUGGAUUACUUUCAAUGUUGCCCCAUGACGAUAAAUACCAUAAAUCUGACCUUUCAAUUGGAGAAUCAACUUAUUUGAAAAACAAGGGGGAACUUGCAGAAUAUGUUGAUGAAAUAAUUAGCUCUUUCUUGGAAGGUACUAACUCCAAUUGUUCAAUAAUGAUUACAGGUAUUGAAACCUCAAAAGAAAGUUCAAUUUAUAAUUUUAGAAACUCAUACUAUACUGUAUAUCAGGGCCCAGAGCUAAUCACAAUCAAUAGAAAAUACUAG